UUGAAGAGCCACAUAAUGAGAUCAAGAAACCAGGAAGAAGCUAAAACCACUCUCCUCAAUGAAAUGACUGAAAAUGAUAUCAUUAUAACCUGUGAUUGGGAUAUGAAAUUUUUGCCACGAAAGUUCCUUGAGGGGCAGAUGGAUUGGUAUGGCAAGAGGGAUCAAUUGGCAUGUAGCUGUAAGCAUAAGCAAAAGAAGAGGUGCCUUCCAGACCAUAACACAUAUUCACAUUUUUUCCUCUCAGGUAGCACAGGAUUCUACUGUCACUGCAUACUGUAUAAGUGAUGUGGCCAAGGAUGUGAUGACCAUAAACCCAGGGACAGAGAAAACCCACAUCUUCACAGAUAAUGCAGGUUGCUACAAAAGCACAUUAACAUUGGUGAUCUUAAGGAAAGAGCUUGGAGAGAACAUUAAAACAUUUAAUUUCUGCGAAGCUCAAGAUGGAAAAGGGUCAUGCGACAGAAGAGCAUCGCAUAUAAAAGGUUGUAUAAAACGGUACAUCAAUGAAGGCCAUGAUGUGACAAAUGCCACUGAAAUGAAAAUUGAAACUGCAUAG